CACGACGGUCCACCCCGAGAUUUAUGCGUGGCCUGGUGGGGUAGAUUGAUUGGAGUGGAAGAGAUUUUUGAAAAGAGUUUAUUAACAGCAUACGUCGACUGUAUGCUGGAUAAAGGGAAAUGCACUCCCGAAGGCAAGGAGUUGAAAGAACAUAUGCAAGACGCCCUCAAAACUGGCUGUGAAAAAUGUACGGAAAAACAAAAGGAGGGAGCCACGACCGUUAUUGAACGGCUUAUCUCACACGAAAAGGAGUUCUGGGACGAAUUAUGUGCCAAGUACGACCCCGAUGGCGUAUGGAGGAACAAGUACGAAGAACAAGCAAGGGAGAAGGGCAUCAUCAUCCCCAACUAUUCUAGAAAUACAUAA